UACACUUUCAGCAACCCUUGCGAUCUCUAGUCGACAGCAUAGCAAAGUUGAUGAGCAUUGUUUUGGUAGAAAGAAAGUCUGUGGGAUUAAAAAUAUGGUUUUAAACAGUACCGUGGAUUUGUUUGUAUAGUAACGUUGGGUUACGUCAUAAAAAACAACACACUAUCUUUUCUUCCAGCUCGUUAUUUUCUUACUUCGCGCUCUUAACGCUGCUUGUCACAAUGCUAACUAGCUAGCUAAUGCUAACCAACGUUAGCAGGACUGAACACAGAAUUGUAAUGGUGCAUUGAGGUGAAACAUUUCCUUUUUUAAGACGACACGUCAAGCAGCUCACAAUCAAGAGAAAUCUCCAACGUUUUGGAUGGCGGUGGCUCCCGCUUCAAUGGCCGAUAAGAUCAUCGUCCUUGAUGAUGAUGACGACGAAGAGGAGAGUCCUCAACCCUCGUGCUCUGCCUCCAACUCGUUCUCUCAUCAACAAGCCAAAAAUGUCUUGCCACUCAGAGCUCAGCAGCCUGCCCCUACACACAUAACCCAGUCGCCUUUUGCCUCAGCGAAGAAGGACACACAUGUUCUGCAGGCUGAGAAUCAGAGACUGUUCACUGAGUUCGUGGAGCACUGCUCAACUUUCACCCAGGACUGCCCCGAGGUCUUGACCUUCCUCCAAACCAAGCAUGCCAAGGCCUCCCCAGAGUAUCUGUCAUCCGUGGAGUUCAGGAACACCUUGGGACGAUGUUUGACUCGCACUCAGGCCAACCGUUCAAAAGCCUUUGUCUACAUCAAUGAACUGUGCACUGCACUCAGGCAGCAUGCAGCGAAGAGGCGGCAGACCCUCACCAAGGUUGAGCCCGGGCCUUCUACCUCAACAUCAAGUUCUGCCCAGUUUACCUCUGAUUUGCCCAAAAGGAAAGACGGGAGUAAAGAUAAGAUGAACGAGGAAGAGGAAGGGGUGAAAACGUCAGCGGAGGAUAAGCAUGCUACCACCUCAGGGCUGCAGGAGGGCGAUCAUAAAGAGGAACAGGAAGCAGAGAAAAAGGCGAAGAGGGCAUCCAGGAAACAGAUAGCGUACCUGGAGAACCUGCUUAAGGUGUACAACGACGAGAUCUGCCGCCUGCAGCAGGCAGAGCUGAAUUUAGACGACCUUGGAACUGAGGACUCUUUAUACAUCCAGGAACACAAGCUCAAACGCAAGAUGAUGAAGAUUUAUGAAAAGCUGUGUGAACUUAAGAACUGCAGCACUCUAACAGGCCGAGUCAUUGAGCACAGGAUCCGCUACAAUAGCACUCGUUAUCCUGAGAUCAACAGGAAGAUUGAGCGUUUUAUUAACAGUCCUGAGGCGCAGCGGAACCCUCCGGAUUACCAAGACAUCCUCCAGCAGGUGCUGCGCGCUAAUGAGCGCCACAACCUGUGCCUCAGCCGAAAGCAGCUGAACCAGAUGGCCCUGGAGGCUUUCAGAGAGACCGGGAGCUGCAUGCAGGAGAGACGCCACCUGGACCUGGUCUACAACUUCGGCUCGCGGCUCACUGACGCCUACAAGCCUGCCACUGACCCGGCUCUGGCGGACCCUUCAUUGCUGCGGAAGCUUCGGACGAACAGAGAAGUGGCUCUGUCCCGUCUCGAGGAGGUCAUCACCAAGUACGCCAUCAAACAAGAGGAUACGGAAGAGCAGGAGAGGGCCAAAAGGCUGGAGAAAGACAGCAAGGAGAAAGAGGCCCACAAAUCAGAAAACGGAGAAGGACAUAAAGAGGUGAAUGGAGUGGCAGAGGUGGAGGAAGAAGAUGAGGAUGACGAUGAAGAAGAUGAUUCAUCAGACACAGACAUUGAUGAAGAGAUCGAGGCCAGCACCCAGCAGGAUGGACCAGACAAUGACGAGAACGAUGAUGGCGGUAACGAGGCGGAACCAGCAUGUGAUGGUACCAACAAGGAGGAUCAGUUGGCAGGAAGUGUUUCGGCAGGGGAAGAAGAAAGCGUGAAAGAUGAGGAUGAGGAGCCAGCAAGUGGACUCAGUCCUCUUUCUGAGGACAGCAAGCCCCGAAUCUCUCCGCUGUCUGACCUCCCCUCCCCUAGACAGAGCCCCAGCCAAUCAGAGCCAAUGCAGACCGAUGACCAGACGCCGUUAUCUAAUGGUAACCAUGCAGUAUUAGAGGAGCCUGUGGAUUCCUCCAAUCAUCUCUCAGUCGUGCUGGUAAGCACAAGCAAAGUCACUAAGGACCCUUCAGACGUUUCUAUGGCGACAGCCAACGGGGUGUCAGUGCCCCUGUCGCCCGCGGUUAUCGUAGAAAAUUGUGACACACAGACUACCAACGGCACGUCGCCGCCGCCCAGCCUCAGAGCCACCAGGAGCCAGAAGAGGAAGAGGGAGGACAUGACAUCAGGGAACUCCCGAAAUAAUAAGCACAUACUCAUCCAUGACAGUGAGACGGAUAUCCCUCUGGAUAUGGGCGUAUUCAGCUGCAACUCUCCACAGCAGGCGGAGUCAAACCGAGCAGACACUCCAACCCAUGAAAUGGUCAGCAGCUCACAGUCGACGCCGCCUCCCAAGAAAAACAAGGUCAACGUGGCCACACAGUGUGACCCAGAUGAGGUCAUCGUCCUGUCGGACUCGGAGUGACCUUUGACCUCUCACUGUGCUGCAAGAUUAGUCCACAUCUCACCUGUAUUCUAGGUCAGAGUUCCUGAACGGAUGCAUUUUUAAGGACCGGCCUUGACUUCUGGCUUGUAAGAAGAGGAAAAAGCUCAAUUUUUUCCCCAAAUCAAAAUUGUGAAACUUCUGUCAUAAGUAUGAUCCAAACAGACAUUGACACGUUUUUACAAAAUGCACAACAGCUUUUCUUAGCUGUGGAAGACAGAGAAAACUAUGAAUUUAGUACCUCAUGUCACUUGAGUGCAUACACCCAAACAAAAGCCAAGACAAGUGCUUUUGUAAAAGACUUGAAUAAAUUAAUUGUAACCUAAAAUUUGAAUGAAAGCUUUUUAAAGAGGGCACGAUUUGGUUUUGUUUUUGGAAAAUCAAGGAGUCCUCGUCUUCUACGGUGAACACAAGAGAAUACAGCUGAAACGGUGGCUGACGUUUACCUCGGCUGUCUUCUCUGCCUUUUUGGGUGCAGUGAAGAUGACCUCAUCGGAAUCUAUUGGGUGAUCCAAACAGCCAAACUCCUUCUGGUUGCAUUGACAUGAGGAUAACUUGUUAGUGGUUUAGGUAAGAAACCAGUGCCUGAAUACAUGAACUGUGCAGCCGGACGCUUGGCCCAGAUUGGGGGGGGUUGUUUCCACAGACACUCGACUGGCGAGGGCUUUGGUCGCUCACUGCCAGUUUGUUUACAUUUUUAUAUUUCAAUUGUAUUUUUUUCAUAAAGGACAGAGGGGAGGUAGUGGGCUGUAUAAAAACAAUUUUGAGAUGCCAUUGUUUUACUUGCUAUUUAUGACGUGCAUUGAAUCAGUGAGCUGUUUGGUUUGUGGUUUCAUAAUAGAGAACAUUUUAAACAUUUUCUUUUUAUGUUUCCCCUCCAAACAUAUUUCUAUUUUUUAGGAUUGUUAUAAAGUAAGUUAGUUUUUUUUAUUCAGACCAGUGUCUGCUGCGGGAUAGCUUAAUAGUUUCCAGAUAGUUAUUGGUUUAAAUGACAAACUUUGACAUGUCUCAUACACAAAUCUUUGAAUGCUGAGGUUAAGCAAUAUUCUAUACAUUUCUUAUUGUCAACAAAUCCUGUGCAAAGACCAAAACAGAGAAUUGUUACUUAACUCUGUAUCCAGAGCCUGAUAAAUCUUCUUCCUCUGGGCCACAGAGCUCCGUUGUUGUCCACUAGCUAAAAAAUACACCAAGCAGCUCCACUGUAGGACUGGGUGACAUGUUCCAACAUAAUAAUGAACAUGCACUCUGGAGUUUUAGUCAGUCCCACAUACAUGUCCUGCUGCUGCUGGAAAUACUAGAGCACCGAAUGUGUAUUAAUCCACAGCUGAAAAUAGUCCCAAACAAUAGCACUUUUAGCUCCUUGAGUAAUGUUUGCAUAAAAAAACCUACUCUAUCCAGGCGGUUUAGGAAAUACCUGAGGAACCAAUGGUCUUUGAGCUGAGAGCAGCAUAAAUCAGUCAAGGGAGGGAGAGGUGGACUAACACAUUGUUGGUUUUGGUCUUUGCGUGGUAUUUGUUAACAUUGAGCCUUAUCCUUUAAGUAGCUAUAGCACAAAUAUGUUUCCUUGUGAUUGGGACACGUUUCAAAGCAAAAGAGGGGAAGUUCAGUUUGAAGAAUAUCCCUUAAUUCAUCAGUUUCACCAUGACACUGAUAAAUUCAACCUGUGCCUCUGCCCAGCCCUGAUAACUACAUUUAUUCACCCAGUCCGCUGAGCUUAAGCACGGCCAAAAUCAAAACUUACCACACUAGCAUUUGUCUAAAUCGUUUAAAGCAUAGAUGUAUUUAUUUUGAAUAAACUUGGCAGAGUUAAGGAUCCUAAACUCCUGAGUCUAUUGGCCAGAAGGAUAUUUUAUUCUGAUACGCAAUGAUUCCUUUUCAUACAGAUGAUCAUUGUUUGUAGCCGCAGCUUUUACAUCGAAGUUCCCUGCUGUCCAUACACUGGGUAUUGAGAUCCAUUUAGCACUACAGGUGAAAUGUCUACAUCCCUGUCGUAUUUGAGAUAAAGUUUUGUUUUGUCUAGUUUUUAUCUUGAUAAAAGUUACAAUCUGAAAGAUCUCCAUUUCGUCUACCGCUUGUGUUUUUUCCUGAUGAUGUUGCCACAGACUCCCAGUUCUUAAUACUUAAAUGGAAGGGCUUUCAUCAGUCGGUCAGGGGCUCAAUCCCCAUCCUAUUACCUCAUCAAACCAUAGCAACUUAACAGACAUUUAUUUAAUGGAAAUCCAUAAGAUUAUUACUUAAAUACAGUGUUGCACUUAAGAUGCCCAGCCUUUGAUGAAUGAGACUUUAUUUAUGACAGGUAUGUAUUGCAUCCUUUCAUUAGAACUUGUUGGCUGGUCCUCAUGUAACAGAAGUCUGAGUCUUUUGGUGAGGGGAUAUUUUCUUCCUGACACAGUCCCUGGUUUUGUCUUUUCCUCCUGAAUCCUGUUAUUGUUCUGUUUUUCCCACACAGGUGAAAUCAAAUUUCGGGUAAAUAGUCUUUUCAGACUUACUAGAAUGUAGACCUGGAAUGUAGUUAUCAUAGCUACGAUCUAUCGGGCCUCAUUUAUGCAGCGGAGUGAUCCAUAAUAAACUGUGAUAUUUUUUUUUUUCAUUUUUGAUAAAUAAAUGA